UUGAAAGCACGGGCCAUAGAUCAUGGAUGUCUUUGAGCCCAUUUGUUUACAUGGAUGUCGUAUCCCAAUGAGGAUCUCAAGCAAGAUCCAAACAUCCAACAUUGACCUGGGUUUGUCCCUCCAGCAUUACUAUCCCCACCCAUCACUCACAAUAAUUGUCAUUGGUAUCCGUGCGAUUGCAGUCGCGCAUUCUUUAAUUCCAACCGUUCAGUUGUCCCUAUUUCUCUGGUAUUUUUUUAUCUUGCCCUUGCUUCUCUUGCGCGUGCUUUUGCGACACAUUCAUCCAUCAUCGCCGACACAAGUAACCAUGCCGCCACGCGCGCGCGCGAAGCCCGUAGCGGGCCUUGCUGGACUCGUGGCUUCAGAUUCAGAGCCCGACCUAGACAUAUUCGAUCAAUCUGAGCUUCAAGCAGCCGUACGCACCAUGAGCACAACGAAGAAGCCCCGCGGUCGACCACCAGGAACGGCCAGCAAGGUCACUAAAACAGCACCUCGAACGACGCGUCGAAACAGCGCCGAUAAGCUCGCACCUGUACCUGAAGUAAUUGCGCAACCCGCUACCACGAGCAAAAUCAGUGGGGGUACCACGAGGGGGGGCCGCAAGACCAAACAGCUUGCCACGGAUGAUACUGUCACAUUUGAAGAUAUUGGGGUUCCUGCAAGUGUUCCUGCGACUGAGACGAAAAAGGGGUUGCGAGGGCGCCCAAAGAAAAUGAACGGCGACACCUCAAUACUUGCUCCUGAAAGUGCUGUUAAGCGCCGUGGUCGACCCCCACGACUACCAACCACACCCAUUGAGGAGAUUCCGGAGACGCAAGCAGAAGACGCCAUGGAACUCGAAGCCGUACUGGAAGAAGAUGAAGAUGGCGACUCUGUUGCAGGAACGACUGAGCCCUUAGAAACAUGGUCUAGCUAUGAUACCAGUGACAUCGCGUUGCGGAGAAGGCUUGGGGAACUCACCAAGAAGUACGAGGCUCUCGAGAUGCGCCAUCGGGAUCUACGUGAGAUUGGUGUUCGAGAAGCCGAGCGGAAUUUCGAUCGUCUUAAGAAACAAGCUGAAGAGCGAACGGCCGCUGCUACGCAGCUUAUAUCUGAGCUUAAGGCCGAACUUGCUGCACAGACUGCUCUGGCGAAGGAGGGUGAAGAGCUUCGAAAGCAACUGGAAGCUAGCGAGGUCAGGGCUGAGAAUCUAGAAGGCAACAUUGAGACCCUGAACAACUCUUUAUCCGAAGCCGAGGCAGAAAUUAAAACUCUUUCAACCAAAAUGGCCGCCGUGAGAUCGGGAAAUGCCAAUCCCAGAGUUCCGGGAAGCGCUAUCAAAGCCUCGGGCCCAGCCAAUCGCACAGCACAGGCGGAGGCUGCGCACGCUGCGCAAGCCGUUGCACAAGCGAAGGAAAACCUAUACGCAGAUAUGACAGGCUUGAUCAUGCGUGGUGUAAAGCAAGAAGAAAUAGGAGACACCUUCGAUUGUAUACAAACUGGGCGUAAUGGUACCCUUCAUUUCAAACUUACGGUAGACAACGACGAUACUGCAGACAACAUCGAGGAUGUGCAAUUCACAUACCAACCGCAGCUCGACGCUGGACGUGACGGCGAGCUGAUGGAAAUGCUUCCAGACUAUCUCACAGAAGAAAUUGUCUUCCCGCGGUCUCAAGCACCCAAAUUUUACUUGAGGGUCAGCAAAUCUUUAGCGGAGGACCUGUCCAGAUAGUAGAACAUCUUAGUUUUCGUGGUUGCGGUAGGAUGUGCCUGUUGUUGGUGAUACUCAAGACUUAUUUCAGCGUUAUGCGUGUACGAACAAGUACUCAACGAGGAUAGAUUAGUAAUGAUUCCAGAUAGAAGAUCUGAUCUGGCUUAGUAGGUGCUUUAGGUACGAACAGUAUGUAUAUGGGUGUAUGAGAACCUUGUUGGUAAACAGUUUCUCGGCGCUGUUCGUUUAUCAAGGUUACAAACUUCCAAUAUCCGUCAAGGACCAUUUCCCUCAUGAUCGCUUGUGCCUAUUAAUCUUUCAGAGUUCCCGCCCUUUGGCUGACGGGAUCUGAUCUGAUACCAGGGCUACAGAGCUCGAUUUUACAUUGACGGGACGGGAGGCUUGGAUCCAAUGAGACUUUGAUGCAGCCAACCACGUGUAAAGCUGAAGGACCAUCCAGGGCCAAGUCAGCGGGGUCGUAACUAGCGUAUUUCCCCUGCAGAUGGGGACCUGCACUAAUUUGUCGGAUAGACGCGUCCCUCGUCAGCGUCAUUCCAAUUCUGGCCACGGUUUUACAUCUGGUCUUGACCUCCACUUGCAACUCAACUCAAACUAUCUCUUAUUAUUUCUUUGCUGGACGAGAUCGAGGAGGAUUUGUUUGCUGCCUCUUGUUUCUCUGAAAUCUGUUGCUUCUAUUUUUCUUGUCCUCUCAUUUAAGGCACUUUCGACUCAUGUGGUACCGUUAAAUUUCGAUAUAGCAUCGUAUUCGACCCCUGACUUACACCAAUCAACCCAUCGUCGAUCAUUCGAACUGUCUACACUUGCAACUACGCGCCGGAGCAUAUCACUUGCGUCGCCAUGGCUGGUUUCAGCCGCAUUGGCUUCAUGGCUAUUGCGGUCGCUUUCCAUUUGGUCUAUAUCUUUUCCAUCUUCGACAUUUACUUUGUCAGCCCGAUUGUCUCAGGCAUGCGAUUAUUCAAUGUUGAGCGUACAGGCGACUCUCCAAAGGCUCCUGCAGAUCGCCUUGUACUAUUUGUUGGCGACGGUUUGCGGGCCGACAAAGCAUUUCAAGCCCACCCGGAACCAUACCCCGAGUCCGAUGAAGACCUCGUCCCUCGUCCGCUAGCUCCUUACCUUCGUUCCCGAGUGCUUGAGCAUGGAACUUUUGGCGUAUCACAUACUCGUGUGCCAACGGAAUCCCGACCCGGCCAUGUGGCCCUCAUUGCCGGCUUGUAUGAGGAUGUAUCUGCGGUUGCCACAGGAUGGAAAAUGAACCCGGUCAAUUUCGAUAGUGUUUUCAACCGCAGCCGACAUACCUGGAGUUGGGGGAGUCCCGAUAUUCUGCCAAUGUUCCAACAUGGGGCUGUUCCGGGAAGGGUGGAUGCCUUUGCAUAUGGAGCUGAGCUUGAGGAUUUCUCUAAAGAUGCUACGGAGCUUGAUUACUGGGUGUUCGACCAUGUCAAGGACUUCUUCGCCGCGGCAGCGACGAACGAGACCCUCAAUACUGCUCUUCGCGAGGACAAAGUGGUCUUCUUCCUCCAUCUGCUAGGUCUGGAUACUACUGGGCACUCUUACCGGCCCUACUCUAAAGAAUACCUGCACAAUAUAAAGGUAGUUGAUCAAGGUGUGAAGGAGAUGGUCGAGCUCAUCGAGGGCUUCUAUGCCGAUGACCGGACUGCAUUCGUCUUCACAGCCGACCACGGCAUGACAGACUGGGGUAGUCAUGGCGAUGGACACCCUAACAAUACCAGAACUCCCCUCAUAUCAUGGGGUUCGGGAGUCGCCACUCCCGAGUUGCAUCCGGACAGUAUUGCCCCUGGCCAUGAUGAGUACUCUUCAGACUGGAAUCUGGACCAUAUUCGGAGACAUGAUGUUGCUCAGGCUGAUGUCGCGGCGUUGAUGUCGUAUCUCAUCGGCGCUGAGUUUCCAGCGAACGGUGUGGGCCAACUCCCUUUAAACUUCCUAUCUGCGAACAUAAAAGAAAAGGCACAAGCUUCCCUGGUCAAUGCUCAGGUCAUCCUUGAGCAAUACCGUAUAAAGGAAGAGAGCAAGAGGAACGUAGAGCUCCGUUAUCAGGCUUACGGACCUCUGAGUAAUGAGAACAUUGGCCCUGAGCAGCGCAUUACUCACAUUCGCUCUUUGAUCGACGCUGGCCAAUUCGAGGAAGCCAUUGAAGAAUCCGACGCUCUGAUGGAAAUUGGGCUUCAGGGGCUUCGCUACCUUCAGACUUAUGACUGGCUGUUCCUACGUGCUUUGAUCACUGUUGGUUAUUUGGGAUGGAUGACCUAUGCGACCACCACUGUCCUUUCCUUAUAUGUGGUUCAGGAGAGCAUUCCUCCUCAACGCACAUUGUUUGGAUCGGCGUUUUUUUCCUCAGUACUUGUUGCACUUUACUCAUCCUUCGUUGUCUCUAAAUCCCCACUUGCAUACUAUCUGUAUGCAUUUUUUCCUGUUUUGUUUUGGGAAGAGGUAUAUGCUAGAAGAGCCAGUGUUGCCAAAGGUUUCAAGACUCUGUUUGGCAAUAUCAAGUCUGGUGGUGCGGUUGCAGCGCUGAUUUUCAACGUUGUCCUCUAUUUUGGUAUCAUCCAGUCUCUGGCCAUUGGAUACAUUCAUCGUGAAGUCCUGACGGGGCUUUUCGUCUUGGGUGCUUUCUGGCCAACAACGAUGGGCGUUUCAUUCUUGAAGUCUCAUGUAUUCUUGACCCUCUUGUGGUUCUUUUCUUGCUUGGCUAUGAGUACUUUCACUCUCCUGCCUGCGAUGAAGGUCGAAGAUGUAUCCCUAAUCUUGAUCGGCGGUGGAUUGAUGACUGUCAUCGGUCUUGCAUACUUGGUCCUCGAAGAUUUUAUUCUCUCUGAUUUUACCACCUUCAAAAGCAAAUCAAAGCGUCUUCAUACAAGUCGGACACUCCUUGGUACUCAAAUUGGCCUUAUCGUACUUGCGAUGCUCGUCACGCACUCCAGUGCCACUUCACUGCAAGCCAAGCUCGGUCUUCCAAGGGGCAACCAAGUAGUCGGCUGGGCCGUCUUGGUCGUGUCGCUCCUCAUGCCCUUGGCAUAUCGGCUACAGCCUAACAGCCACUAUAUGCAUCGCCUUGCAAUCAUCUUCCUGACCUGCGCACCUACGUUCAUCAUCUUGACAAUUUCAUAUGAAGGUCUAUUCUAUGUGGCCUUCAGCGUCACUUUAUUAGCUUGGGUGCGCCUCGAGUACGCGGUACAUGCAUUCUCAAAGGGCGGAGCCCAGAGCGAGGCAGCUGUCGCUGAGCAGCAGAAACGUGAAUUGGGUACAUUCCGGCCAUUGACCCUUUCAGAUGCACGGAUAGCACUGUUCUUUAUGGUUUUGCUACAGUCAGCCUUCUUCAGUACCGGCAAUAUUGCUUCCAUCUCAUCUUUUAGCUUGGAAAGUGUAUCGAGGCUUAUCCCAGUGUUUGAUCCUUUCUCGCAGGGCGCAUUGCUGAUUCUCAAGAUCAUCAUUCCAUUUUUCCUGAUAUCAGCGAACUUGGGAGUUCUAAACAAGAGAUUAGGUGUUGCACCAUCUGCGCUCUUCAUGGUCGUCCUCACAGUCAGUGAUGUUUUGACACUCUACUUUUUCUGGGUUGUGAAAGAUGAGGGUUCAUGGCUGGAAAUUGGUUCAACGAUCACACAUUUUGCAAUCGCCAGUUUCUUGUGUGUGUUUGUUGCAGCACUUGAGCUGGUGAGUGCGGCAUUCAUCGCCGGCAUUGAAGUCGAGCAUGAACGACCGGCUGUCGCCAAUGGCAUCAAGCCCGAGACAAACGGCAAAGUUCCGUCAAAGUCACUUGCAGGGUAGCAAUGGACAGCAACUAUCUCCUGCAACGGGUGUUUAGUUCAAUGUACAAUGAUGAUCUCUUGAUAGUUUAAAAAGUCACCAACAAUAUCCUAGGGGAGCAAGAAAACAUAAGACUUCAAACGAGGAUGCUAAAAUAAACUGAGUAAAGAGUCCCAAAGCUUGGCUAUAUCACCCAAGUCUUUUUAUCAUCUAGGAUCAAGGUCCUAAGUUUUCUUUCCUCCCCUAGAAUAUCUAAUUUUUCAUUGGCAAAGUGACAUCAUGAUUGGUUGAAGAACUUGGAAUACAAAAGUGAACCCAUGUGACGGUCAACAGGGGCACAGCCUCAAGCUGUAUAGGGCUGAAGGGAAAGCCUACCGGAAGAUGGCCGGAUUCAGGGUGACACGGUCAUGAAAGGGUUGUGUCUAAGGAUUCUUGGCAACAUGUAUUCUGUUUAGCUGCGCAUCCAUCACGAUCACAACGAAUUAACGAUGUUGCAAGGGCCUGCUGAGAAGAAUCUGGGGACCGAUUCGGAAGCCCGGAGGUGUGGGUCGGAUUUUGCGGGGGCCUCACCGCACAUGGUGGGCGUGCGUACCAGUAAGUUACCAUUUUCAUGUGAAAAGCUUAAGUGAAACAAAAUGGGACUUUGGGAACGAGGAACGAUUAUGUAGUAGACAUAUAACUUAGUACAGUACCUAGUAGUGCCUCGAAUGGUGGGCAUAGAGAGCUUGCAUAGAUCUUUAUCCAGCCUUGAACUUUACGUCAGGUACUGAGCUUUGGCGUGGAAACUCAGUUCUGACCAACUGUUCGUUCAGCUCGAACAUGAAGCUCACAAAAAGUUGCUUCCCCAGGUUUUGACCCGA